AUGCCUGCGAGCUUGAUGAGAAGGCUAGGAGGUGAUGUGAUCAAAUGGUUUCGACGCGAGGCUAUGAUCCAGCAGAGUAGAAGGCGACUCAAAACGCGCGUCCUGGUGCAGUUGGAGGAAUCGCAGUGCUGCCGUGAGGUCACACAAGCCACCAUUACCGCUUUGAGUGUUAGCGGGCAGCGCUUCGUGACCACGGAGCCGCUUGUGAUGCUGACAGGAAAUACGAAAUUCACAAAUAGACACUUCCCGACUCAAUAA